AUGGAUCUGAGCCACUUGGGAGACACGAGCAGUGACUGUGAAGGAUCAAACUGUAGCUUAGCAUUCAAGUUCUCUGAGAACUGCUCCAACCAAGACUGCUACUGGGAGGAACCUAUGUUUGGACUGGUAGAGUUAGUUUGUGUUACGGUGGUUUACAUCUCUCUGAUGAUGUUUGGCCUGCUUGGCAACAUAUUAACUAUCCUGGUGGUUUGGCUCCGCCCACACAUGAGAAGCUCUACGUACUUGUACCUCAGCAGCAUGGCUGUCAGUGACCUGCUCAUCCUCCUCCUGCUGCCUUUGGAUCUCUAUAAGCUCUGGAGACCCAGACCGUGGCCCUUGGGAGACCUUGCCUGUAAGCUGACGAUGUUCCUGUCAGAGUGCUGCACCUUCUGCACCAUCCUGCACAUCACCUUCCUCUCACUGGAGAGGUACCUGGCAGUGUGCUGGCCAAUCACAGCAAAGACGGUUGUGACUCGGCGCAGGACCAGGGUGAUAAUUGGCUGCCUGUGGCUGGGUGCUGCAGUCAGCGCUGCCCCGGUGUUAGUCAUGGUUGGAGUGGAGGAUGUUGGAGGAGAGGAGCUCGGCCUCACCCAGUGGAGGGAGGAGAGAGGACGGACGACCAGAGAGGGAGAACAGGGAGGGCUGAUGAUAGGUGGAGAGGAAAGAGGAGCUGCACACUUGGCCUUGAUAGAUGUAGAACUAGAUGAAGCAACGUUAGGAGAGAAAGAGACGGGACGAUGGGGUGGAGAAGACAGAGAGAUCAAUUUUAAAGCAGGGGAGGUAAAUGAGUGGAAACAAGGAGGUGAAGGUGAACCACAAGAUAAAAAAGGAGCGGUCGAUGAGGCCAAUGGAGAAGAAUGGAUGGAAGAUCAGCAAAACAAAAAGAAGGAAGAUGAAGGAGGUGGAAAAGAGGGAGCUGAAGGAAGCCGUGACGGAGAGACUGACAGGAGAGAGUGUCGCUGCACGCACUAUGCCAUCUCCUCAGGCCUCCUGUCGGCCAUGAUGGUUCUGUCCAACUUGUACUUCCUGGUACCCCUCUGUAUUCUUGGGCUUGUGUACAGCCUGAUUGGACGGACACUUUGGCUCCGCCCAAAAAGCAGCAGAAGAGAUCAGAGCCACCGAAACACCGUCAAGAUGCUGGGAGUGAUCGUCUUGGCGUUCGUCCUGUGCUGGCUGCCCUUCCACGUCGGUCGGACCAUAUUCUCCCUUUCUCUCGGCUCCAGCGCCGACAGACAGGAAACAAGUGCAGACCCGAGCUCUGACUUUGAUACGCUCACUGACGCCAACGAAGAUUUGAGCACCCACACAGAUUCUGAAGCCUUCCCACAGUCUGAUGCCCACUUUUUCGAGUCUCUCCCCCAGCCUGGAAAGUUGACUGCAGACUCUCUCACAGAGACGGAUGAAAGGCUCUGCGACGUGUGUGCGAGGACCAAAGUCAAAAUCAACGCUCGCAGCAACUACUUAGGCACAGAUGAACACAUAGAUUCUCCUUUCUCCACACAAACUGACUUAGACCAUGGGAACACGGACACAAGCAUGCAAAAUCCUGGCAAUAAAACAAAAACACUUAUAGAAACACACAAUGAUUCAUCUGUAGUUAACUCCACCGGCCUCUAUAUUCACAAGCCACAUGAAGACUUAAACAGCACGUACUCACACCCAGACACACACGUGUACUUUUUGUACUAUUUGUCUCAGUACUUUAACCUCGUGUCGUCCGUCCUCUUCUACCUCAGCGCUGCUGUCAACCCGUUGCUGUACAACCUGAUGUCUGGCAGGUACAGACUGGCAGUCCGCAGCCUCGCGCAGCAGCGCUCUCGGACUCACACUCACCGCCUGCGCACCAUCACCGCACGGCACUCCACAACCACUUUGUGA